AUGGCUUUCAACGAUGCCAGAGAAGAGAGUGUGAAAUGUGAUUCUAUUCUCGGGAUAGAACAAUAUUGUUAUAAGUUUACUGCCUACUCUCCGAUACAUGAGAUGGUCAAGUUGGGAUGUGCUACUCUGCUGUGUUCGGUAAGUAAUUCAAGGUUUUGAUUCCUGUAACAAAUCUCCAGGUAUACUUGAAAGUGUUCUACAUAUCUCUUGAAAUCAUGUUUUAAUCUAAAAUCGCGCUGUUUUUGUUUACCGAGCUAAAAUCAUUUCGAAAAGCAUUUCAGCCCUUUCGAAACACAUGUGCAGACUUUGAGUUGAGUGGCGUUGCUGGUCGCUUGUGUUGCUGCAACCAUGGCAGUUACUGUAACAGUGCUAGUCUUACUACAAUAUCUUCAUUCCUGGCCAUUGGGUUAAUGAUUUUUGCAUUUCUUUAA